UCCCACCCCACCACCACCACACACGUAUUUUCCUACGGAUCAAAACGAGCUCACCCAGUUUACAGUCGCUAGGGGCAGACAGACACCGAGAGAGAGAGGACCGAGACUACAAACACAUUUUGCCGAUUUACCAUCGAAGCUCGCUGAACAGCCACAAUUUCAUCAGCCACGAUGGGGAGGUUGUGUGAGAAAGUCCUGGUGUCUCUCCUUGUUGUGUCCCUCCUGACCACUGACUCAACAUGGGCUAAGAAAGGCUCAAGCAGCAGCAGCGGCAAGAAAACCUCAUCUACUAGCAACAGGGGUGGGACGCAGUCUAAGCCAUCCUCUCAACCAGGAAACUAUCCUCGGCAGCCCCAAAAUCCAUAUCCUGCCGGUGGGAGUUACCCGGGUGCUGGAAAUGCAGGUGGACAUCCAAGGCAAAACCCGAGUUACCCGGGGGGUGGUAGUUACCCGGGGGGUGGUAGUUACCCAAACCAGAACCCUGGUAGAAACAAUCCUGGAAAUUAUCCCAACAAGAAUCCUGCAGGUGGAUACCCAGCUGGAGGAUAUCCUAAUCAAAACCCAGGGAGGGUAAAUCCAAACCCGGCAGCAGGUGGCUAUCCUAAUCAGUAUCCGGCAGCAGGUGGCUAUCCUAAUCGGUAUCCGGCAGCAGGUGGCUAUCCUAAUCAGUAUCCGGCAGCAGGUGGCUAUCCUAAUCAGUACCCUGGCAGGGCAGGCAUGAAUCCAGGCGGGUACCCUCAAUAUCCAGCAGGAGGUGGUUACCCAGUUAGAGGGGGAAAUACAGGACAGGGUUGGGGUGGUUCCAAUCCAGGGGGUUACCCUGGAGGUUACCCCGGUGGAGGGAUGGGCGGUUACCCAAACUGGAACCCAAAUAAUAAGAUCCUCAGUCCUCGCUAUGGUGGAGGAGGCUAUGGACAUGGUGGCUAUGGGAUGGGAGGGUCUCCUUUCUCGCGUUCUGUGGACUCAAUGGGAUACAAGCCCAAGUCCUCAGGUUUCGCCAAAAAAGCAAUGGUGGCAGCAGGCGUCGGCGCUGUAGCCGGAAUGGCCGUCGGGUACGGACUAGGGCGCUUCCCCCGACCACAUUUCUCUUUCCGCAACCCCGAAGAAGAGUACUACUACAACAAUUACAUGUACCGUCGUUAUGGGACUCGCUCAACGGACGAACAAGACUUCGGCCGCGAUUACGUCUACAAGCCUCCCCCGCGUGCUCAGUCUUUCGAUGACUUCAUGGCUCGCUGCAUGAAUAGCACCGACGUUCUUAAAAAGAGUGACACCGUCAAGGAGGAGGAGGACGACGACACCGUCGGCAUUGAGGAGAUCGGGUACCCAGCUCUAAUUGAGCAGUUGAAGGCCCGUCGCUGCGUGGAGCAGUACAUGGUUUACUCUGAGAGCUUUCUGCAGGAACGAAAAGCUGAGCAGCAGUUACAGCCCAAUCGCAGCGGCCCUCUGAGCUGUGACGUAAUUCAGCUUUUCAUCUCCCUCUUCGUAUUAUUGUCCAGCAUGCUCCUGCUCCAGUGAAUGGAAAGUAAGCCCUCCCACCACCACACCCAAAUUGCUUUCCUAUGUUAUGUCUGCAUGCCCGCACCCUCCUGUUGUAUAUACUCAAUUAACAAUGCAAUCCAUAGUUAUAUACUUUCCAAUAAUACGAUCAUUUAAUAAUGCUGAA